GCAGAAUGCACCGAAGUCAAGUCGUCCAAUGCCUUCGCCUAAAACCACAAAAAGAAACGAGCACCCACUGUAUCGAUCUUUUUGUAAGUUCUAAGUCACUCUGAGCUUCGAAGUCCACAAAAAGGCAAUUUUCAUACCCAAAACAAUAUUAUCAACAAAUUUUAAACCAAACCAAUUGCCUCACUCAUCGGGAGAUCAGAUCUCAGCGUGCGACGACGAGGAUAUGAGGAAGGACAACGAACAGGGAUAUUUGAUCUAGAGUUGAAAUGAAAUGCAGCCGAAUCUGUUUCCGUUCGGCAGUGUUUUUGGCAACCCGUUCCUGUUCAAUGACGGCGGCGAUUUGAGCGACGGUGGAUUUGAGAGUUCCAGGGUUUUCUUCUUGGUCCCUUUCCUGCUGUCCCAAGGCGGAGGAAUGGAUUUGUCUAAGGUUGGAGAGAAGAUUCUCAGCUCCGUACGGUCGGCGAGAUCACUUGGACUCCUGCCUUCAGGUUCCUCUUCUGAUCGCCCGGAGGUUCCAGCCCGUGCUGCUGCGGCAGCAGCUGUUGCUCGAGUCCUGGCAGGACUGCCUGCCCAUCAGAGAUAUAGCCUCCCAUCAAGUUCAGAAGAACUGAUCUCAAUAUAUGGAAGCAGGCCCCAUGCUGAAGUACUGGAAGAACUAGAGGAAGAUUUCUACGAAGAGGAGUUUGAUCCCAUAAGACAUGUUUUAGAGCAUGUUCCUUCUGAAGAAAAUGAGCUGGCAUAUUUUGAGAAACAGGCUGCUCUUAGACUAGCACAGCUGGAUAAAGUAGCAGAACGUUUAUCUCGUCAAGUAAUUGAGCAUCAUGAAGUAAUGGUGAAGGGUAUGCAUUUGGUGAGGGAAUUGGAGAAAGACUUGAAGGUUGCAAAUGUCAUCUGCAUGAAUGGAAGGAGGCAUUUAACGUCAUCAAUGAAUGAGGUGUCAAGGGAUCUCAUUGUGCAUACAAAUUCUAAAAAGAAGCAAGCUCUGUUGGACAUGCUUCCAGUAUUAGCUGAGCUUCGUCGUGCUCAGGAGAUGCAAAUAGAACUUGAAUGCCUUGUUGAGGAGGGAAAUUAUUGCAAGGCAUUUCAAGUUCUCUCUGAGUAUUUGCAACUACUGGAUAGUUUCUCAGAGCUUGCUGCAAUACAAGAAAUGAGCCGUGGUGUUGAGGUUUGGCUAGGAAGCACUCUUCAAAAGCUGGAUUCACUCUUGUUAGGAGUAUGUCAGGACUUUAAAGAGGAGGGUUAUCUAAAUGUGGUUGAUGCCUAUGCAUUAAUAGGGGAUGUCUCUGGUCUUGCUGAAAAGAUACAGAGCUUCUUUAUGCAGGAAGUUAUCUCAGAAACUCACUCUGUUUUGAAGAGUAUUGUGAAUGAGGAUCAGGAUGUGAACGUGCAGAAUAGUAGACUUACAUACAGUGAUCUAUGCCUUCAGAUACCUGAAUCUAAGUUUAGGCACUGUUUGUUAAGAACACUGGCUGUCUUGUUCAAAUUGAUGUGUUCAUAUCAUGAAAUCAUGAGUUUUCAUCUAGAGCAUAAGGGUUUAGAGUCUCAAGCUUCAAAUGUCAAAUUUAAUGAAGAUAGAAUACCUGCUUCAGAUUCUACAGAGGAGUCUACAAAACCCGUCUCCUUGUCUAAUGAAACUGGAACAAUUGGUUCUGGGAAUUCAGUUACUCAUGAUACAGUUGAUAGUGCAACAAAUGGUGAAGAUGUCGCAUCAAGCAGUGGGUCCCCAUGGUAUCACUUAAGGAAAGAAGCUAUAGCUUUUGUUUCACAAACUCUUCAAAGAGGACGCAAGCAUCUUUGGCAACUUACAACUAGCCGUGUAUCAGUAUUGCUUUCUUCUUCUGCCGUUUCUUCAACAAGCAUUCAUCAAUUUUUGAAAAACUACGAAGAUUUGAAUUCCUUCAUCCUGGCUGGGGAAGCCUUCUGUGGAGUAGAGGCGGUUGAAUUCAGGCAGAAGCUGAAGGGAGUUUGUGAAAAUUACUUUCUAGCAUUCCAUCGGCAAAACUUAUCAGCUCUUAAGAUGGUCUUGGAGAAGGAGAUUUGGCAUACAUUGCCACCAGAUACUAUGCAAGUAAUUAGUUUUGCUGGGCUGGUUGGUGAUGGAGCAGCCCUACUUGUUCCAUCUGAUGGUAACUCUUCUAACAAAAGAACACAUUAUUCUGGCAAAUCAGCAAAUGUAAUUGAUAUGGGUGCCAAGAAGAGUGGAUUUUCUCAUUGGCUUAGAAGUGGAAACCCAUUUUUGGUAAAACUAACCAAUACUUCCAAAGAAAGUCAUAAUUCCUCCCUACUUAAUGGGGGUGAAUAUGAUGUAGCCUCUCCACAUGAUCUUCAUGGGGAUAUAGUAUCUCCACGUAAUGGAGAUAUUAAUCACACAAAUGACACUAGUUCUGUUCCAGAAGAGGAAAAUGAGGAUUUGCUUGCUGAUUUUAUUGAUGAGGAUAGUCAACUCCCUAGUCGAAUUUCAAAAUCCAGCAUUUUGAGAAGUCACUCUUCACAUUGCAAUAAUGAUGAGAUUACAGCACAAACAGGAUCAUCUCUUUGUCUUCUAAGGUCAAUGGAUAAAUAUGCAAGACUGAUGCAGAAACUAGAAAUAGUAAAUGUUGAGUUUUUUAAGGGGAUAUGCCAGUUGUUUGGGGUGUUUUUUUAUUAUGUAUUUGAAACAUUUGGUCAGCAAAAUGGUAGUUCAAGUGGAAAAGGCACAAAUGACUCUCUUAACUAUCGGUUAAAGACAGCCUUAUCCAGAAUAACACAAGAUUGUGAUCUAUGGAUAAAACCUCAGUCAUCAUCAUUUUCAUCUUCGUCACCCACACAUGCGGAUUUGACACUGACCAAUCCUCUAAGUCCAAAUUUUGCUCAUUCACCAGGAACAUCUUUUGGUCUCAAGGAAAGAUGCAUGGCUGCUGAUAGUAUGUCUCUUGUUGCUCGGAUGUUGCAUAGAUCAAGAAACCACCUUCAAUCAAUGCUUCUACAAAAUAAUACUGCUGUAAUUGAAGAUUUCUAUGUGCACCAGGUGGGUUCUGUGCCAGAUCUUAUAGAGCAAAUACACAGGACGACUGCAAGAACACUGCUCCACAUCAAUGGGUAUGUUGAUAAAAUUGCCAAUGCUAAAUGGGAGGUAAAAGAGCUGGGAAUGGAGCACAAUGGGUAUGUUGAUUUGCUAUUGGGAGAAUUUAAGCACUAUAAAACAAGGCUUGCUCAUGGUGGAAUCCAAAAGGAGGUGCAAGACCUCGUCUUGGAAUAUGGUCUUGAACUUGUUGCAGAAACUCUUGUUGAGGGUCUAUCAAGAGUCAAGAGGUGUACUGAUGAAGGAAGAGCUCUCAUGUCUUUAGACCAUCAGGUUUUGAUCAAUGGCCUGCAACACUUUGUCUCCAUAAACGUGAAGCCAAAGUUACAUAUGGUUGAAACUUUCAUUAAGGCUUAUUACCUUCCUGAAACAGAAUUUGUGCACUGGGCACGUGCUCACCCUGAAUUCAGUAAAAAUCAAAUUGUGGGCCUGAUUAACCUUGUUGCCUCAAUGAAAAGUUGGAAAAGAAAAAUUAGAUUGGAAGUGCUAGAGAAGAUUGAGUGAGCAGGCAUGUAGGUUCAGAACAUUCGGUAAAGUUUCACACUCCAAUAAUUUUUUUGUUCUUUGUGCUGAGUAAUGUAUAUUGGAUAGUUUAUUGUUUUCCCAGAAAUGCGGUUUAAGGCUGUAUAUUUUGUAUUAGCAUUAUCUUCUCCCAUGAAGGGAAUACCAUAUGUAAUCUUGAAUUACAUACUUGGAUGUGAAAUAAUCCAAUGACUUAUCAUCAAAAAAAGAAGAAGAAGAAUAAUCCGUUGAAUCAAAUGGUAAAGUAUCA